CAACCAUCGACAACACGAUAUUUUCGAACAUGGCCUCACUGAAGCCAAUCAAGCUGUACUCACACAAGACAGGUCCAAACCCAUGGAAGGUCGCAGUUAUACUCGAUGAGCUCUCAGUACCUUACAAACAUGAGUUCCAGGAAAUGUCCGCGAUCAAACAAGAGCCCUUCAUUUCUGUCAACCCGAACGGCCGAGUACCCGCGAUCGAAGAUCCAAAUACGGGUAUCAUACUCUGGGAAUCUGGAGCGAUAAUAAUGUACCUCAUUGAGACGUACGAUAAGGACGGGAAGAUAAGCUAUCCCAGUGGUCCAGAGAAAUACUACGAGUGGCAGUGGAUGGCGUACCAGAUCUCGGGCCAGGGACCAUACUUUGGCCAAGCUGUUUGGUUUACACGCUUCCAUCAUGAACAACUACCCAGCGCUAGAGAGCGGUAUGUCAAGGAGAUUGAACGAGUGACGGGCGUUCUUGAUUCGUGGCUUCAAAAACAUGACUGGCUCGUGGGUGACAAGUGCACCUAUGUCGAUCUGAUGUUUGUGCCAUGGGCAAAGACUGCGCAUACUACCAUGGGAGACUUUAUAGACUUUCAGGGCAAGUAUAAGGCUUACUUUGCUUGGAUGGAGAAGUUGGAAGGACGGGACUCUGUGAGGAAGGUGUUUGAGGAGAAGGCCCAGGUAGCGCAGUAGAGCACAAAGUGGUGAAUAAAG